GGAGAUGCCGGUACUCGUAGAAGGGUGAACUGUGCAUCGGCCAUAGAAGAGUGAACUGUUUGCAGACCACAAUCCCAGGAGAGCCAAGAUGGGCACUGCUGGAAAAGUUAUUAGGUGCAAAGCAGCUCUACUCUGGGGAAUGAACCAGCCCUUCUCCAUUGAGGAAAUCGAAGUGGCCCCACCAAAGGCUAAGGAAGUUCGUGUUAAGAUUUUGGCCACAGGAAUCUGUCGCACAGAUGACCAUGUAAUAAAAGGGACGAUGGUGUCUAAGUUUCCAGUGAUUGUGGGACAUGAAGCAGUUGGCGUUGUGGAGAGUGUUGGAGAAGGGGUCACUACAGUGAGACCAGGUGACAAAGUCAUCCCUCUCUUUCUACCACAGUGUAGAGAAUGUAAUGCCUGCCGGAACCCAGAGGGCAAUCUCUGCGUCCGGAGCGAUCUGACAGGCCGUGGAGUACUGGCCGACGGCACUACCAGAUUCACCUGCAAGGGCAAACCGGUCCAGCACUUCAUGAACACCAGCACCUUCACCGAGUACACGGUGCUGGAUGAGUCCUCCGUAGCUAAGAUAGACGGAGCGGCUCCUCCCGAGAAAGCCUGCCUGAUCGGCUGCGGAUUUUCCACCGGUUAUGGGGCUGCUGUUAAAACUGCCAAGGUCACGCCUGGCUCUACCUGCGUUGUGUUUGGCCUGGGUGGCGUUGGCCUGUCAGUCAUCAUGGGCUGUAAAGCAGCUGGCGCCUCUCGGAUCAUUGGAAUUGACAUCAACAAAGACAAAUUCCAGAAAGCCCUAGCCGUAGGUGCCACAGAGUGUAUCAGUCCCAAGGACUUCACCAAGCCCAUCAGUGAGGUGCUUUCCGACAUGACAGGAGACACUGUACAGUAUACUUUUGAAGUUAUUGGGCGUCUUGAGACCAUGGUUGAUGCCCUCUCAUCUUGCCACAUGAACUAUGGAACCAGUGUGGUGGUUGGCGCUCCUCCGUCAGCCAAGAUGCUCAGCUAUGACCCAAUGCUGCUCUUCACUGGGCGUACGUGGAAAGGCUGCGUCUUUGGGGGUUGGAAGAGCAGAGAUGAUGUCCCCAAACUGGUGACUGAGCUCCUGGAAAAGAAGUUUGACCUGGACCAGUUGAUAACCCACACCUUGCCUUUUAAUAAUAUCAAUGAAGGAUUUGAAUUGCUCUAUUCAGGGCAAAGCAUCCGGACUGUCCUGACAUUUUGAGCUGGGUGUUCUGUGCUGGGUGACUGUGACCUGUGCCUUGUUCCUGACAGUGUCCUCUGAGAUCAUGAAUCUGUCCCUUGGGGGAAGAAAGAGAAGCUUUAUAGAGUUUUAUAAACCUUUAUAUGUUUAGUUUAUUGAGUGCCUAGGAUUAGCAGAGAACUCAACACUAACAGUAAAUGCUUUGAUUUGUGUUUUUUAAGACUAUAAUUCUAUAUUUUAUAAGCAUGUAGUUGGGGUUCUAUUUGUUGGAAGAGGGAUUGUUUUCAGAAUUUUACAAUUGUUCUGACUUAAAACAGAUGCAUCGUGUAUAGAAGUAGAAAAUGCCCAGCAAAAACACCCGAGCUCUCAUUCUGUUUUUUAACAGAAACACUUUAAAAACAUGUUACAAAUUAACUUGAAUUAGAUUGUGAAAUUGCAUACAUAACUUGAUUAGAUUAAGAAAGAAAUUGGGAAAUUUAAGGGAAGGGCACAUUUUUUAAUGAUUAACCUUAAGAAUUAUCAUUAUGUAACUGUGACUUGGGAAAAGCACAACCUUGCCUGGGGCUAUUUGUCAUUGUUUAUCAAUGCAAGACAAAAUAUUUUUAGAAUAGCAAUUAAACAUGAACCAUAGAUAUAAUCACAUUGUGAUAUUUACAAUAUUAAGUUUAAUAAAGUAGAAUUACAAGUCCUUAAGUAAAUAGUAAUAACAUUUAACAUGAAGAUUAUUUUUAGUUUGCUGUAACUACACCAGCAUGUA